UGAUACGUGGCUUCGGCGAACUUUUUCGGAUUUCUGGUUCUAAUAAAAACCAUCUUUCCUGUUUCUCGAGCGGUUUUGUGUUUGGACUCCCGCGAUUUUGAUCUGGAUUUCCGUCCAUUCUUACUGUUUGAAUUAGGCGAGAGAUCUGCUAAAUAGACAUGGAUCUGCUCUUCUUAGCGGUAAUAUUACAGUUCUAGCGAGUGCCUUGGAUCUUUGCUUUGUGCCUUGUUAUUCAGUGUAGAAUUGCUGGAUUUGGCGUUUGAUCUGCUUUUCUCGAGGUGUUUCAGUUGAUUCUUGGUGGUCUUGGGAAGAAUUGAUUUGAUUGUAUAGCCAUGACGUCCGGAACGAGACUUCCGACAUGGAAGGAGAGGGAGAAUAACAAGAGAAGGGAGAGGAGAAGGCGAGCUAUCGCGGCGAAAAUCUAUGCCGGUCUGCGACUGUAUGGGAACUACAAGCUUCCUAAGCACUGUGACAACAAUGAGGUCUUGAAAGCUCUCUGCAACGAAGCCGGUUGGACUGUGGAAGAAGAUGGCACCACCUACAGAAAGGGAUGUAAGCCUCUUGAGCGCAUGGACGUGGUUGGAGGGUCUGCAUCAGCAAGCCCGUGUUCUUCGUACCAUCCCAGUCCAUGUGCAUCGUAUAACCCAAGCCCUUCUUCCUUCCCUACUAGCCCAGCUUCGUCCUCUUAUGCGGCCAAUGCCAAUACCACUGCUGAUGGCAAUUCCCUCAUCCCAUGGCUUAAAAACCUGUCUUCUGCAUCAUCUUCAGCCUCUUCCUCCAAGCUUCCCCACCAUCUCUUCAUCCAUUGUGGCUCCAUAAGUGCCCCCGUCACCCCUCCACUUAGCUCUCCAACUGCCCGCACACCACGACUAAAGACUGAUUGGGAUGACCCAGCAGCUGGCCCAGCCUGGGGUGGACAUCACUACUCCUUCCUACCAUCUUCUACCCCACCAAGUCCUGGGCGCCAGAUCAUCCCUGAUUCUGCAUGGCUUGCGGGUAUACGGCUCCCUCAAGGUGGACCAUCAUCUCCUACAUUUAGUCUUGUCUCAUCAAACCCAUUUGGCUUCAAGGAUGAAGCCUUGGCUGGUGGGGGCUCUCGCAUGUGGACGCCUGGGCAAAGUGGGACAUGCUCACCGGUUGUUGCUGGGGGCUCAGACCAGACUGCUGAUGUUCCUAUGUCUGAUGGGUUCUCAGAUGAAUUUGCAUUUGGAAGCAACGCAACAGGACUAGUGAAGCCUUGGGAAGGAGAAAGGAUCCAUGAAGAAUGUGGAUCAGACGACCUGGAGCUCACUCUUGGUAGCUCAAGGACCAGGUAAAUGGGGGCGUGAGAAAGAAAGAGAUAUAUGAAGUGUCCAUCUUCUCUCGCUUUAUAAGCUUCUGGUUCUUUGUGAAAAUGGAACAGGUUACUUGUUUAUUCAUGGAUUACUGAAUCAGAAUUUGGUUUCAGAAAAAAAGAAGAGUAGAAAGACUUAAAAAGGAAAAUGAUGUGAUCCAUCUACUAUUUGAGGUGGGGAAGGGAUUAGCAGAGGUUGGAAGAUUGAGGAAGGAUACAUAAGAGGGUAGAAGUGGCUGUUUGCUUUUUAUUUUUAAUCCAAAAUUUUAAAUUAUAUAGUUUAUGGUGGUGGCCUGGUGGGGGUUUUCAUCCUUGGUUCUCCUUUUUCGUUGUUAUUUUUUUCACCCUAUUUUCUUUUUCCUAUUUGAUUCAAAGUUUAGAAUACAGAUAUUGAUUGGUGUCUGUAAUUUUGGGUUUGCCAUUGAGAAAGGAUAUUUGGUGGUUGUGCAA